GGUCAGCAACAUUCAUCUCUGGAGGGGGUGUCUAACUUGGUGUUACGGUGUGUUUGACCCUAACUUCAAUUUCCUUAAAGCAACGGUUUCACUUGUUUCAUCAGUCAAUAAAUCAAAGAAAAUGGGGGAAAUUAACUCAUCUUUGACAAAAUAACUAUUGUAAAAAAUAAUCUUUUAUAAUAUUUAGGUUAGACUGCAUAACUCCACAAAAGCAACGUGAAUGAAAUGCAAAAGGGAUUUUUUUCCUACAUUUUCAGCUGCAGACAUAAAUAUCUGUAGGUCUAGUAUAGAGGAGAAUGGUUACAUUUUAUGCUAAUUGUCCCACCCCCCCUUAUUCACCUAUCACUAACCUCGGACACACCUGUCAAUCAUACCCACCCCUUCCUGCUCGGAGUGAAGAAGCAGGUAUGGAGUCUGAACACGUUUGUUAUCCUCUCCAUCAUCCUCUCAGAAUCAUCUUAAUCACUUAACAUUCCCUUUUUCUUCAUGAUCCAUGUUUCCCGUGCGUCCAUGACAAUGUAAGUAGUUCUCUUAUCUCUUGUUUCAUAAUUCAUCAGGUUUAUUUACGUUAAUUACAAUUCAGCUAACACAAUUAGCUACAGAGAUGUCGGAUUUCUGGUAGUUUUAUAAACUGUUGUAUCAAAUGUCAUACUUUAUCAAUGUCCUCCGUUUUCUUAAGAUGCUCCAAAAAGACAUCUGCUACAUAAAAAUGUCGUUUUUACAACGUGUUUAUAUUGUCAUCUAAGUUUCAUACAGGCCUCAAAGUUGGGUCUGACUGUGUGUCUGUUUAUGGAGUCAAAUUAAAACCAUCACCUCGUUUAUUGUAAUGCACAAGUAAUUCAUUUGGAAAUGAAACCCAAGUUGAGCCGAAUUUAGUGCGUUAUACACGAUUUCCUCCUUAAAUGUCGAAAAGGCUUACUUUCUUUAAAUGAUUCCUUCCAACUCAAUUUACGUGUCGAUAGCGCCAUUCACUGCAGGUGGUGAAAGGAGGUACUGCACGUGUUCUGUGUCGACAGUUCUCGCCUGUCACCAGGGUCGUAGGUUCGAAACUGGCUGGAGACAAUUAUCAUUAAAGACCCAAAAUGUCAUAAGAACAUAAAAAAAUAAUACAUAUUCGGUAUCAAGUUUAUAAUAUUUUGUAAUUCUCUGUAUUCCCGAUAUUUUUUUCUGCCGAAAAUCAACUUUUGCAGUUUGUUAAAAUAAAAAUACAUGUUUUUAAGUAGUUAUAAUCAUGCACAUUUGUACACCUCUGUCCAAAUAUUUUACUUUAAUUCUUCUUAUCUUCCUUAAUGGACCAAAGAAAAAAAAUUUUUUUGACAGUCUUCAGUAUUUUAAUUGAAUAAUAUACAUCGACAUGACAUUUUCAGUUUUGUUGUGACUUGUUUGGGUCUUACCUGACAAGUAUCUUCUUCUACAAAAUAAAUGAAUAAAAUAUAUAUCGAUAAAAAAGCGCUAUACCUUUGUUUUAGAGCAUUUUACAUAUUAGAGAAGAAUAAUUUUAAAGAUUUUUCACCAGCCUGCAAAUCCUAAGCAAUUUUUAAAUCAGAAAUUCAGGACAUUUAAUGGUACAGUUAUGGUGAAAUGUCAUUUAUUGAGACGUGAUCAUAACUAAUUUGCAGAAGAGAGAGUGACACUUGAUUCUCAUCGUCCCAUGACCUCUGGUGCUUAAUAUGCUUAACUUAAAACAGUGUACAUAUGUAUACAAAAUGUGUAAAUGAUUAAAGUCACAGGCUUUUAUUUUGAAAGUCACAGAGUGUGGACAGGCUAAGUUUCCGUAGUGUAGUGGUUAUCACGUUCGCCUCACACGCGAAAGGUCCCCGGUUCGAAACCGGGCGGAAACAUCUUUAACAUUUUUAAACACUUAGUUCACUCUUAGUUCAAGCAAUAUCACAGACAGUAUCUAUUGACUUUUGAUUGUUUUAAUUUCUAAACGUGAGUAAAAGUGUGUACAUAGUGAUAUGUUAUGUGUUGUAUUUAUAAAUAAACACGUAUGGUCCUUUCAUUUAUCUGUCUUAUGCUGGUUCAUGGUUUUUGUGGCCUUUUUGUGAUUACAUUUUCGUUUCCUUUUCUGCUGUUAUUCUUUCUCUCAUCCCCUGAAAUCUAUUUGUCUGUUUUCAUAUCUCUGAUGUUGUUGAAUCGCCACUGUUGGUUAAACUCUUGGAAUUUUAGUCAUUGUAUUCCUCACAUAUCUGUCCAUAUAUGUCCAUCUUUUCCGUGGCCUUUUGAUCACAGAAAUUUCCUAAAUGGUAAGAAACUAUUGUCAUUGUCAAUGUGUCUGGGACAGAAUUGGUGUUAUGAACAAAUGUAAGAUAUUUGCUGUCCUGAUCAGACCAAGUGUGUCUAAUAUCGUUAUAGCACCACAUACACGUAGGCCUCAGUUUAGUGGUCAAAAAUGGGUACUGCACGGUCAGGACUCAGAGCAGUCCUCGUUAGUAUAGUGGUGAGUAUCCCCGCCUGUCACGCGGGAGACCGGGGUUCGAUUCCCCGACGGGGAGGCUACACUUAUUUUCAUUUCAUACAAGUUACUCUACGUCAAAGACUGUCAUCUUUUAAAAUUGAAAUAACACACAAAAUAAAGAGGCUGUGUUUGACAAUCAGUUAUACACACCAGGACAAAAAUUCACUCUGUUGGUGUGAAAGCCCCUUAGAGGGAGCUGUAGAGUCAUUAUGAAACUGUCAUAAAGUUUCAUAUGACCUGCUCUGUAGAGAUGAUGUAUUCCUCCAAUGUUAUCCACUUCAGUGAGCUGAUUUGAGCUUCAAAAACUCCUCCUCUGCCCGGUUAACAGCACAAAAGUCUCAGCUGUUUUCUCUCCUCAAAGAUGAACGGCUUCGGAAAACAGCGAGAAGUUUGGAUGUUUUCAGGACAUCAUUGUAGAUUUUAGUGCUCACCACUUCACUUAAACCCCCUAAGACUAGUUUGAGCUGGAUUUGAGUCUCAGCUGUUGAUGAAACCUGGAGCUGUUCAUCUAGAGGUGGUCAGAGUAUUGUUCUUGAUUUCCUGUCUUUCUUCAAACUCAACAUAAAGUUUACUUAGUCUUCCUGAAAACCUCACCUGCUAUGUUAUGGUUUUGGACGUUUAUGUGUGAAAUUUCUGGAUUUUCAGACAAUGUUUAUAAGAGAGUAAAGCAAAAAUAUAUAAGAGAAAAAACAGAAAAUUUUGACACGAAUAACCAGCCCUUUGUGCGUCUGCGACGUCUCCACACAGCUAGGGUCAGUGUGUGCGUGUGUGUGCGAGUGGGUGUGUGUCACAGACAAAGUCCUCUUGUCUUCAGUAUUUCCUUCCAUUGGUGAAAACAUGCAGCUUUCUUAUUCGUUGGUCUGUUCCUGUUUUGACUGUCAUUUUAUCCUGUUAGUCAUGAAUCACAUUUUAAAACUUUUAAAGAGAUUAAAGUUGAGAGCGAUCACAGAGUUUGUGGAAAUAGAAAAACAUCUGAUUGGUUGCAAGUGUUUUUUUCUUGCUGUCAGACGCUUUAUACAUUAAAGGAUCAUUUCAGAAUAUAUUUGUGUUAAUGCUGCCGAAAAGAUUGUAAUUUUUUUUAUAAAACUCACCCAGCUUUACACAAAAAUCGAGCCAGGCAAAAAAUUUGAUUUCACACAGGCUAAACAGCACCCCUAGUUUUAGCAUGUACGCUAAACCUCCAGUAGGGUUAAUGUAUAUGCAUGAGACCCAUAAGGAAGUCUCGUAUUACAAAAAUAAGUUUAACAAUUAAUGGUGCAAAUUUGAACAGCUCAUUAUGAAACAGUUAUUAUUGCUCGUUCGUACAACCGUCUAACUCUUUAUCAGUUCUCUACGACCAUUAUUGAGCCCCCUUGUGGAAAUACAUGGUAUUACAUUCACAUAGAAUAUCCAGUUUUAUACGAGUGGAACAGGGCUCAAAGUAACAGUUUGGAUUAUGUUUGUAAUCAUUAGGGCUGUAAUCAACCAAAGAAGUUCUUGGUCGACUAAAACCCUGAAAUUUUCAACCACAAAUCAACUAAUCAACUAAUCCCACUGGAUCCGGAACCGGCUCAGGACCAGGUACGAAUCCAAAAUGUUGAAAAUGAAAGGUGUGUUCUGAGACAAGCUGUUACCUGUGAAACGGGGGUGCUCUGAAAACACCCCCAUAAUUACUUGGUACGUCCCUCCUGAUGAAAUUAACCAUAGACUGUAAAAAAAAAUCGAGUCGACCAAUCAAAAUUUUGUUCAACAUGGUAUCAACCAAUAAGUCGACUAGGACUUUACAGCCCUAGUAAUCAUUAUUGCGCCUUCCUAGUACCUUUAAAAAAGUCACUUGAGGCAGAGGAUAGGUCGUGUAUAUUUGUGUGACACGCUGCUGCUGUUCCAAAGAAGCACCCAAAGUUCAUCAAAGUUUUUUGAGCUUUAAUGACAGAAAAAACACUUCUACAAUGGCCAAUGAUUCACACGCGCACAUCAGUAUAAUAUGUGUACACUUUGUGACGUGUAUCAUUGCAAACAAAGAACGUACAGCGCAGUCAACAAAAAUUACAGUGAACUAGGCUCACCUCUCCACCCCAGGGCAGGUAAGACCGCCCCUUAUAUAACUUACCGGCUUGACCCAAACCCAGCGAAACCAAUGGCAACCAGACAAAAGUAACAGAACACAGGAUAACUGAUAAGCAAAGCAACAUUAUGGCUCCUACAAUUAUAAAUAACUGAAUAAAAAACAAACAUAGAAAAUAAAUGAAAAAAACUGAAAUAACGAUAAACAUGAACGUUCAUCUAAAGAGGUAUUGAACCUUUAACCUCCAUCAAAUCCUGUUUUUUUCAACCAUGUUGUUAACAUCACAUAUUCUUAAUCGCACAAUUAUGUUGAGGGAUGGUUUUAAAAUGAAGUAGUCUGGUGCUGUGACUCCAGUAACUGGACUAAUGUGAUGCAGUUUCAUGCACUAAGUCCGCCUCACAGAGACUGCAGACAUUCACAACAUGAGAAUCAAUGAAGUCUUCAUCAUGCAGUUUCACACACAAACAAAUGGACACAGACACACACUGUGUGUUUGGCCCCGCCCCCCCCCAGAGACACCCCCCCAUCACUGAGUCGUCUUCUCGCUGGACAGUGAACAUACACACACACAAACACACACGCUCACACUCACAGGAUGGACGCCACCUCGCCUCGCUGCUGUCGUGUGUUUCAGACCGUCAUCGCCGUCCUCUUCGCCCUGACAGGUGAGAUCCAGAGCGCUGACAUAGCGGUGAAAACAGAUUAAUUUCUGCCAAUUUUUACACUGUAAGAAAUAUGUUGUUGGCAGUUAAUUAUUCCUCGGGUUAUAGCACAUUUUUGUAAAUUAUUGCUUAAUUAAGAAUAUUGUGAAGAUAAUAUACUGAACAUUUAAAAUAUUUAACGUUAUUUAAGACAAAAAGUUCUCCGAUCAGGACAAAACCAGCUUAUCGACAGGAUUUCGUUUUUUAGCGACUCUAAAUGUUCAUACAUCUUUUUUUACUGGUGGGUCAGGACGUUAAAUUUGUCGGCUUUAUUUGUCCGUGCUGCAGGUGUACACUUCUCAACAGUCUCCUCCUUCAAGGUGAUGGAGGGGGGCGUGGCCUCUCUGUCCUGUCAGUACUCUGUGAAGCGAUUCGGUCUCAGUCGGGUCUGCUGGGGUCGUGGCUGCGGGACCUUCUGGUGCAGUAACAUCCUGGUGCAGACGGACGAGAACGGCGUCAUCUCAAAGGUCAGGUCAGAAUAAUCUGAAGAUGGUGACGCUUCAUGUCGAAACGGUGAAAAUAUCAGAGGGGCGUUCACGGAAAAAAUGUGUUUUUGACAAACCUCAUCAUGAAUAAUCGCUAAUCCAGACUUGCUUUUUUAUGCAUGUCAUUGUUUUCCAUCUGAUUAGCAGCUAAAGGCAGGACCGUGUGUUCAGAUCAAAAGAAGAGAAACUUUUUCUCCAAAAACCUACAAAAACAUAGAUUCCAGUUCGCACAGUCUUCCAGGGAGCUGCUGUCUGUUUCUACUGAGUUAGACAGUUUAUUUGUUGAAUGAAAGUCAGAUCCAUCAUUUCUGAUGCAUUCAGGAAAGUCAGGAAAUCUAAACUCUGAUUGUCUUUAGUGACUCAGAAUCAGUAUAGUUAUUUGAUCUAGACGACCAUGCAGACAGAAAUCCAACUAUGGGAGCUGGAGGUCCUUACCUCCAAUUUUCACCGCAUCCGGAACGGCUCCAAUAUGGAUUUCCUACCGGAUUCAUUGGUAAGGCAAAUAUCGUGGCAGACUACAGACAGCGGUAAUCAUGAGAACUCACAAGAACCCACAGAUUGACCAAUGCAAUGGCCUGAUAACGAGUUGUCUCUAUAAAGACAGCCGCAUAGACAUAAAAGCAGUAGAUUGUGUUCUUCCAGAGGAGGAAAUCUACUUCUAGACUUCUAGAAUCAGCAUCUCCUCAUCCAUGGUGUCAUCGGGGUGAAAUGACGUCUGAAAACCUCUUACUUCUUCGUCUACGUAUGCGUGGUGUGAAAUACGAUCCUCCUGAAACACGGAUUGUUUUAUUUUGAAAAGAAGCCGGAUGUUUUAUUUUGUGUCUGUGCCCGACUUCCUUUACAACACGGGUUAAUCUGUGUUAAAUUUAUCCGGCGUGCUCCGGCGUCCGGAAAAAAUAGAAGUCUUGCGAUCAGCUGAGGAGUCCAGCGAUCCACAGUGGAACAGAAAGAAGCCGGUGGAAAUUGAAUGGUUACGAUUGGCGGAUACGGCCUUUUCAUAGCCGAAAAUUGGGGGUUAUUCAAGACUGUGCUCCUCCUGCUUUUGCUCUCCAUACAGACUGAUUUUCCUGCAGACUUGAAAGCCUGCUGGCUCCUGAUUGGCCGGUACAGACUCUACAUUGGUGCAGAAUCUGUAAAUAGAGAGGUCAGUCUCAGCGGUAAAAUCUGAGACGGACUCAGCGAUUAAAAAAUCUUCCACGCCCUGCAGCGAGCCGUUUGUGAGGUUGUAUCUCAACAUUUUAAUGUGACCAGAUUGUGUUUGUAACAUUAAGAUAACAAACAAAUUUCAGAUUUCUCUCUAACUUUUGUUUCGAAGAGUGGCUCGGUGUUUUCAGACUUUUUAGAUUUAUGUGACUCCCAGCUCUCCAGACUCUCUCUCUCUUUUCUCUUAGAUUAUUUUUAACUUGUUUAAAGACCUGAACCGCUCUAACACUGACCCCUGACUGCUGUAGGUGGAGGACCGGUACCGGCUGACCGGGGACGUCCUGGAUGGACAGAUGGACCUGGACAUUGUGAACGUGAGGAGGACAGACAGUGGGCCGUACUGCUGCAGGGUGGACAUCGACGGGAUCUUCAAUGAUAAGAAGUCCAUCAUGAACCUGAGAGUGGUCAAAGGUGAGCUGAGUGGUUGUAUCAGGAGGUUAUCAUGUUAUCAGGAGUAAAAGUCGGUCAAACCAGGCCGCCUCUGGAUAUGGAGUUCACCAAGUUUGACCAUCAGACUCAUAUAUGAACGGUGAAUGUGGACUUUCUAAUCUCUAUACCUGUGACUCUGUGAACUCGUCUUUACCUGACUUUUUUUCCCUGCACAGCUCCAGUCACCAGCUCUCCUACAACCACAACAACAACCACAACCACAACAACCAAUCAGGUCACAGAGCAGUCGUCCUCCACAGGUGAUAGAGUUACCAAAUUGGAUUUGUUUGUUCUGGUUUCAGUCAGAUCUGCAGGACUCCAGGUGUUCAUCCGUCAUUCUGUUUUUAUUUUUUAUAGUGAAUUGGAAAUCUCUGCUGUCGUCUCACCUCGACCUGCUGAAAAAAAACUCCACCCUGCUGCGCUCGGACUCCGUCAACGUGAGUAAAUUCAGACGUGUUCAUGUGAUUCAUAUGAAAACACAUUACCCAUCAGGUUUUCUUUUGGUUUGUGGGGUUAAAUUCACGACUGUGUCCACAAAAAGAGUUUAAACUCUGGGUAAAAUGUUAGUUUGAUGGUUUACAAUAAUUUUAAAUCGUACAAAACAACAUAUGAAAUCUCUCUGGUCUCCUCUUUCAUGCUUCAGUUUGAACCUCAUUUGUGGAUGCAGUGAUGAUCUGUGUUCACAGUCAAUGGUUUUUUAAGUGAUUCCAGGGUGUCCGUGGGGUUUUAAAAAGUAGUAAAGGUUGAUAAAUCAACCUCGGUAUAAUUAAGGCCCUUAAAAAGUAUAAAAAACUCUUAAUCCUGAUUUUAUGCGGUAUAAAAGUUUACUGGUAUUUAAGCUUUGAUACCAAAAAGUGCCAUCAGACUUUACAGCAGUGAGUGGAAAGAGAGAUGUCUAAAAAUGAAUAUUACACCUCCCCCCAGUAAUACAAAGACUCACGUUUUAUAUCUUGUGCCAAUAAGCAGGUUGGAGCACAACAUAUUUGGGCGGUAAUUUAUUUUGCUUUUGUUCAUCUUUACUUUUUGAAUUUUUCAAUAAAACGUCAGCGGUAAAGUAUCCUGUGUGUGCGCUGUGAAAUGAUCCCUUCUAUGCUUGUACACAGCUGUGAAAACAUACAUGGACUGAUCAGGCACUGACAACAAACCCUCGCCAAGCAGUACUGCCUAAAAAAGGCACCUUAGUUUAGUUUAUUCUUUUGAGUUUUAUCCCUCAGCUGACCUCGUUUCUGUUGAAUAGCAAACAACAGCUUUAGGUGGUGAAGAGGUCUUCACAUUUUAUGAAAGUUUUUUUUAAAAGUCUUAAAAAGAUGUUGAAAUUAACCUCAGGAUAAGCCCAUGCGGUGAUUUCCACUUCAGAGUCCUGUCUGUUUUUAAUGCAGUCCUACCUGAGGGAGAUCAGGAGGUUGUUUCUCUAACAACAUUUUAGAAACGUUUUUCAGACCCUCAGAUUUUUUAAUGCAGUCCUACCUGAGGGAGAUAACAUUCCUCUCUGUCUCUCUCUCUCUGUCUCUCAGGUGGAGGACUCUGCUGUCCCCUCUCUCUCUCUUCAGAUAAACGUCCCCGUCCUCUCCCUCUCGCUCGCCCUGUUGUCCGUCUUGGCGGCGGUUUUCCUCUUCCUGGCCUUCAAACGUACGUCUCGCCUCCUCAUCUCAGUAACAGAGUCUGGUGCUCUCUGACUGUGAUGAUCGUCAAUUCAAAGUGAAGUUUCCGAGGUUUUAACGUGUUCAAAGUUUCUGACUUCAGUUUGGUUCUCCUCUCCAGGUGGGAUCUACAACCGAGCCUUAAAGACGGACUGGUGAGUCUGACUCUUGUCUCCACAUUUGUCUGAAUAAGGAUGUCGAAGCUGUUAAAGAGUUUAGGACUGUAAUCGUGAUAGCUGACCAUCUUUUCUUCUUAGUUUCUCCUCCGAAGAGCCUCCUCACAUCAUCUAUGAGAUCCGAAUGAGGCGACCAGUCCAGGAGAACAUCUACACUCUUGACUAGGAACCGGUCCGCAUCCCGACUAGACUUAGGAAGAGUUGAAGUUAAACUUAAUGAUAACAGUUAAAAUCAAUCAGACUAAUUCUUGUUCCUGAAGUUGAAGAGUUGAUCAACGUUGUGUUUGGAUCACUGUUGUGGUUCUAUGUGCAGAUUCUGAAGUGGAAAACAUACAGGAUCCGUGUUGAGUGUGUCCCGUCAGCGUUGCAUAUCACGCAGCAAGUAGGUUCCCAUUCUAAUCAACGCCUAUUAGAAUCAACAGUCUAUUUUCUCUGCUCUACGCUUCCAACACGUGUCAAUCUACACAGAGAAGAUCGUUAUAGACAGCAUGACAAGCAUGAAAACUGCACGUCAUCUGGUAAAUUUCAAAAUAAAACACCAUACCCGAACUCCUGACUGUUUAUCAGUUGGUGUAGAUGAGAAAUACUUCCUGGUUCUGGAUUUAUCAGUAACACAAAACAAUCCGAUGGUCAAUCCCUGAUCCAUGUGGACCACAACAGGACUUUGAACUGCUAACUCUGUCUGAAGGUAACAGCACAGCAUAAAGGAACAUGGUUUACUUAAUUAAACACGAGUAAACCUGCAAAAACCAAAACUUUAAAAUCAGGUUGUUUUUCACAUACAGUAGAUGCUCAACAGUCACUGAAUUAUAUCCAAAUUAGCAGGAAAUAGACCACAGAAAGGAAAAACAACCUGUUGUGAGCAUGUUGUUUUCUUUGUACUGAGCCCAGCUGACCGGGUCUGAGCUACCCUGCUGCUACGCUCCAAAUACACAUCCAUCCGAUAGGCAGCGUUGCUUGGCAGAGCAGAGACGCGACACUGACGGAACGCGCUCAACACGGAUCCUGUAUGUUUUCGGCUUCAGUCUGGAUGUUUUCAGCGAGAGGAUGCUGCUGCUGCUGCUGUUUGCGUUUACUCUAGAGAUAACCUGCCAGGAAAAGACGGAAUAAAGCCAGAAAAACUCUCCA